AUGGAUCCUUUCAAUGACGUGCUGCAAGAUGCCACAAGUCAACUUAACACUCUUCGACAAUUUUUGACGAAAUCUGUCACUCCAGACAGCAUAUUAGACUUUGAUAAUACGUAUUUAGAAAUUCAAGAAACGUUAGAGGAUUUACAAGGAGCAGUAGAUAUAUCAGAAUCCAACCCAGGUGCCUAUAAUUUGACAGAAAAUGAUAUAUCGGAGAGGAAACGAGUAGUGAGUCAAUUAAAAUCAGACUUAAAUACCGUAGUGAAGACGUGGCUGGACAUGAAGACGAAGCCUACCAACUUAAAGAGACAGAGAGAAAUAACUACCAUGUCAAACAGAAUAUCUCAAGAUACAUCGCAAAAUGAGAACCCGUUCAGCGACCAGAACAGACUUAACGAUGAGUUCCAACAGUUUCAGACUCAGGAAAUGACCCAGAACCAAGACAUGCAAUUAGACUCCAUUCACGAGACAAUGCACAAUUUAAAUCAGCAGGCAAUGAUGAUGGGCCAGGAAUUGGAGGAGCAGGGUUAUAUGUUGGAUGAUUUGGAUACUGAGAUGGAUGUUGUGGGAAGUAAGUUGCAACGAGGAUUGAAAAGAGUCAAUUAUGUUAUUGAGAAGAACAGAGAACGUGCCAGCGACUGCUGUAUAGUGUUGUUAGUUAUAGCGUUAUGUGUGUUGUUAGUUUUGUUACUAGUAGCGAGUUAA